CAAAACUAUAAGAUCUUCCACAGCAAGUAAAUUGAUAAUAGAUAUUGAGACAUUUCAAUAUAGAGCAGUAUUGACAAAUUACCUACCUUUGUUUAAAUUGAAUCUCCUUCGGACUCACAAGUUUAAACGCAAGUCAAACGACGCGAGUCAAAAUGUUCCAGCUGUUUUGUGCCUUUCUUUUCUUUCAUGUGGCGAUCACGCACGGCGGUGUCGUCAAACGGGAGACAGUCACUGUGUGCAAACAACGUCCUAUUGAGCUGGGAAUUGUUCUCGACUCAUCCAGUUCUAUCAGCUACAAAGACUUCCAGAAGAGCAUCGAUUUUCUCCAGGACUUUGUCAGCCAGUACGAUAUCGGAGAUGGCCACAAUGAUGUGAGAGUGUCCCUCAUCACCUUCGGCAAAGGUAUCUACCGACAAGAUGCCUUCGACCUGACCUCUUACAGCACCAAAGAGGCCUUGAUGGAAGCUAUCGCUCAAGUCCCACACAGGGUCGGCCUCUACACCUCCACAGGGGAGGCUAUUGAGUACAUGAGCCAGACACAGUUGUCCGUGGACGUGAGCAGACCGUGGGCCAAACGUAUCAGUAUCGUCAUCACAGACGGCAACUCACAGAUUUGGCGCCAAACCAGAGACGCUUCCCAGGCCGCACGUGACAGCGGUAUCGAUAUAUACGCUGUUGGUGUGGGACGCGUGCGUCGCGAGGAGUUGCUGAGAAUCGCCGGAGACGAGAAGAACGUGCUCAAAGUAGACAGCUACGACCAACUGAAAGAGAUCAAGGAGAUGCUUGCUUACAAAACCUGUACCGAAGUGGAGAAAACCACCACCACCACCACCACCACCACCACCACCACCCCUCCACCCCAAACCCAAAAGUGUGGUGAGGAGAACCCUGCCGACAUCUACUUUGUCUUCAGUCCUGCGGAGCUCGGCUUAGAAUCAACCUCCUGGACCACCUCCUUCGUCUCAACCACUGUCAAACAAGAAGAGAUGGAUGAAGGCUUCCGAUUCGGAGUCGUAUCCGGUUCCUGUCCUGACGAUGAAGGAUUUGACCUGGACGAUUACACCUCUGCGGAGGAAAUCGAUAACAGACUGACCAGCUAUCUGAGACCACGUAUGUCCGGCCUAGUGAAGCGACUGUCCACUUCCGGCUACUCACAAGUCUCCGGUGGCCGCAGCGAGGCUCGUGACGUCGCCGUUCUCGUGGCAAAGAGCGGGAAAAGGAACAAGGGUCUGGAGGCGGAGGUCAGACUUCUGCAGGAGAAGGGAGUUCAGGUAUUCAUCGUUGACCCCACAGGUUCUACCAUCAGUAUUGAAGGAGCCACCACUCUGACAGGACUCACCGCCAAGGAGGCCUCGACAAACCUCGUGAGCCAUCUGUGCCCAGUCAGAACCGGACAGGCUUAAGCACGCCCGCUUCCUUAUUCCCUGACAUCCCAUCUCAGAAGUCCAUCCACAGACAAUGUGCAAUUGCCCAAUACAGGUCUUUGCUGUCUAGAAAUGUUGUGAUUUUACAUAUCCUGGUGUUUUUGUGUUUUGAACUCUAAACGAAAGUCUUCGUUUCAAUGUACAUACAUAGGAGAUAUAAUUUGGAUGCUAUUUUUAUAGUGCGAGUGCGUGCCCAGUACUUGUAUUUUUGUGGGUGUUUGUGUAUCAGCGUGUUUUAGAAUGCAUGUAUAUAGUAUAGUUAUGAGUGGAUUUAAUUGUGUGUAUGUUUCUAUAGGAGUACGUGUGUAAGAGAGAAAGAGUGAGAGACGAGAAGAGAGAGAGAGAGAGAGAGAGAGAGAGAGAGAGAGA